CGCAAACAAAAUAAAAAAGAUUCAUCGUAUUUAUUUGCAAUGUGUUGUUUUGGAAAAAAGUAUCGGUUUGUGUUUUGUAGUAUGUGAAUAAAUUGGACGGUUACCGGAAACCUGGCAAUUCAGUUCGGAUCCUUAACAUUUCUUUAGAUGCGUCGAGAAUUUGAAUAAAAGUUCAAAAUUAUUCAACGAAGAGGCCAAAACUAUUACAAUAAUGGAGUUAGAAGAUACAUCCAUAGUCAGUGAAAUCAGUAUUAAAAGCGAAGCUUACCACUUCGACACAGAUGAUACGAACAACAGCGCAUCGGAAAAACUCGGAAUUGGAUCUUUGAAUCUGUUACCGAAUGGAACAGCAAAAACUGACUCGCACAGUGAAUUCGUAACUGAUCCUGCUAAUCUAAUAGAACUGGAAUCAAAUCGUACAACUCAAUAUAAUUAUAAAUGUGGCAUUUGCGACAAAAUGUACAAGCGUCACGAUGAGUACGAUAACCAUCUUCUCCUGCAUACAGCAGGACCGAAACCGUUUAAAUGUGACGUUUGUGGCAAAGGAUUCAACUGGAAGAACUAUCGCGACCAACAUCAACGAAGUCACAGAGAAGAAAAGCACUAUAAAUGUGACUUUUGUGAUUCUGCAUUCGUCCAUAAAUUUAAGCUAUUAUUGCACAUGCGAGUGCACAAUAUUGUACGGCCGUUCCAGUGCGAUAUUUGUGGGAAAGCCUUUAAAACCCCCAAUAAUUUAAAGGGACAUAAGGCAAUACAUUCAGUCGACAGGUACAAGUGUAAAUAUUGCGGAGAGAAAUUUGAAUCAAUUGGUAAAUUGUCCGUGCAUAAGCACACACACGAAGAAAAAACUUUUCAAUGUGAACAAUGUGGCAAAAAAUUCCUCAGCGACAAAAGACUGAAUAGGCACUUGGUAGCUCAUAAUGAAAAUACAUGUAAUAUUUGUGGCAAAACAUUUCGACAUCGUCAUCAAAUCGAUAAUCACCUGGUCCUUCAUACCGCAGGACUGAAACCGUUCAAAUGUACCGUGUGUGGGAAAGGAUUUAGUUGGAAGAGCUAUCGUGAUGUACACCAACGCAGUCACGAGGAUAAGCAGCAUAAAUGUACCGAUUGCGAUGUAGCGUUUAUUCAUAAAUAUCAACUUAUUAUGCACAUGAGAAUUCACAGCAGUGAACGACCGUUCCAGUGCGAUAUCUGUGGGAAAGCCUUUAAAACGCCCAAUAAUUUAAAGGGACAUAAGGCAAUACAUUCAGACGACCGGUAUAAGUGUGAAGUAUGCGGAAAACAAUUCGAUUCGAUUGGUAAUCUAACCGUGCAUAAGCACACUCAUGACGACAAAACUCACGAAUGUGAACAAUGCGGUAAGAAGUUCCUCAGCAACAGAAACCUGAGCAGACACUUGGUGAGUCAUGUCGGAACGCGGAGCUGCAAAUGUGAUAUCUGUGGCAAGGGAUUUAAUUCGAAAGACGAAUUGAAACAGCACCUUCGCUCGCAUAACCGUUCUUACGAUUGCAGCAUAUGCGAGAAAUCAUUCAAAAGCUUUGAUGAUCUAAACGAUCACAUAGGGACUCAUGAUACCGAAUGGCCUUUCAAAUGUGAGCUUUGCGCAAAGAAUUUUUCGAAAAAGACAUACCUAGUGCGGCAUGCUAAGCGACACGACCGGAUGAAAAAGUCGCUUGAAUGUCGGGUAUGUGGCAAAGUUUAUCGAAACAUUCGUUGUUUAGAGAAACACCUGGAUAAACAUAAGGAUACUGCACAGCCGGUCCAAGAAAUAAUAUAAUUAAUUUCGUUGUAAGAACAACGUACAACAGAUAAGGGCGCAAGCGCCACCCAUCUCUCAAAGCUUGUUUCGAGAUAUAAGAGAAAAUCGAAAAUAUAGUUAUAUAACAUUA